GAGAUGAGAUCUCCAUUCCUUUCCAACAAGAAUAGUACACCGUAGUAUGACGCGCCGACAGGUCUGUAGAUAUGGAUCGUAGCGUUCGCAGUCCUACUUAACCUGCCUGCCUUCGCCCCUCUUUCUCAACUCUGAACUUCCACUUUCCAUCGUCAAGAUGAUCACCUUGCCGACACUCUGCACGACUAGCAGCAGCAGGAGCAAACUCCUCCUUUCGUGCGUCGCCUUCUUCUCUCUGUUUCUCCUGCUUCUAACGUUGUCCAAUGUGUCAAAGCCAGUGCCUUACCACCACCGACUCCAUGUACAUUCACACCUCCAAGACGCCACAGACCACUGUGACGGCACCCUGUACCCCGAUCUGUGCGCCUCCACACUCUCCACCAUUCCGGAUUUGCAUUCCAAGUCCCUCCCUGAGGUCAUCUGCGCCACCAUCAAUGCCAGCGAAGCCGCCGUUAUCAAGUCCGCCAAGAACUGUACCAAAUACCUCCACCACCACAACUACACCCUCGACACCCGCCAACGCUACGCCCUCACCGACUGUCUCGAUCUCUUUUCGCAAACUCUCGACGAGCUGCUCGACGCCACCUCCGACCUCACCGCCAACCCCGGCUCCCACGUCGACCAUGUCCAGACACUGCUCUCCGCCGCCAUCACCAACCAGUAUACCUGUCUUGACGGCUUCGCCUACGUCGGCAAAGAUGGCGGGUACCGUUCGGUCAUUGAACAGCCGCUCUACCACGUGUCCCACCUCGUCAGCAACUCCCUCGCCAUGAUGAAGAAGAUCCAGCGGCAGAAGCCGCCGCAUCCGCGAAGGGAGGCUUUGGAGGGGUAUGGGGAGGUGGCGGAGGGGUUCCCUGUGUGGGUGUCAGGCAAGGACCGGAGGCUGCUGCAGGCUGCGGCGAACACCACGACCCCGAACUUGAUCGUGGCCAAGGACGGGAGCGGCAACUUCACGACAAUAAGCGAGGCGGUGGCGGCGGCGCCGAGCAAAAGCGAGACGAGGUUCGUGAUAUAUAUAAAGGCGGGGGCAUACUUAGAGAAUGUGGAGGUGGGGAAGAGCCAGACGAACCUGAUGUUCAUGGGCGACGGCAUCGGGAAGACGGUGGUGAAGGCGAGCAGAAAUGUGGUCGAUGGAUGGACCACCUUCAGGUCUGCCACCGUCGCUAUCGUCGGCAAUGGCUUCCUCAUGCGGGACAUGACCAUAGAGAACUCAGCAGGCCCCAGCAAGCACCAGGCUGUAGCGCUCAGGGUGGGCGCUGACCUCUCCGCCUUCUACAGAUGCAGCUUCGUGGGCUACCAAGACACCCUCUACGCCCACUCCCUGCGUCAGUUCUACAGGGAGUGCGACGUCUACGGCACCAUCGACUUCAUCUUCGGAAACGCCGGAGUCGUGCUCCAGAACUGCAACUUGUACGCCCGGAAGCCCUUAUCCAACCAGAAGAACGUCUUCACGGCGCAGGGCCGCGAGGAUCCGAACCAGAACACCGGCAUCUCGAUUCAGAACUGCAAGGUCGCGGCGGCCUCCGACCUGGCGCCGGUGCAGUCCAACUUCUCCACCUACCUCGGCAGGCCGUGGAAGGCGUACUCGAGGACGGUGUACAUGCAGUCGCUCCUGGACAGCCUGAUCAACCCGGCGGGGUGGCUAGAGUGGGACGGCGACUUCGCGCUGAGCACGCUGUACUACGGGGAGUACAUGAACCGCGGGCCGGGAUCGAGCACCGCCAACAGGGUGAAAUGGCCGGGCUACAGGGUGAUCAACAGCUCCGCCGAAGCCAGCAUGUUCACGGUGGAGUCCUUCAUCGAAGGCGAUCAAUGGCUGGGAUCGACCUCCGUCCCUUUUACCGCAGGGUUGAACUAAGUCAACGGCGUUUGCAUCUUUUCUUGACCGAGUCUGCCUCAUCGUCGUUCUCCUCCGAUUGAGUGUGAUGUACAUCGGAUGUGUGGAAUAAAACGUUUCUUUGGAAGCGUUGAAGCAUUCUGCUUGUUAUGGUGACAUCUUUGUACCGCAAUCUGUUUUCAGUUAUAUGAUUAAGCGCUACGAGUCUUUA